AUGACAGAACUACAGUCGCCGAGUGAUGAUACCGCCGUAUUUCAGCAGUUGGACAGUUAUGACUGGGAUCACGACAAUGAAUUCCAAACUGCUCUUGCGUCCAUUCUAAGAUCUGCAAAGACUCCCGAGCAAACAGCCCACUUGACCACACGAGCUCGUUGUUACUACUACACAAGAAAAUUCAAAGUGCCCGUCAGUUUCGAAGCUUAUCAAAACUGGCUCCAAUCUCAACACCAUACUGCCGUUGAGCCUCAGUCUGCAUUGUCUACUGAACAAGCUCAUCCACCUUCUAUGGGUGAUGCUCCUCCGCCAGCUUCCUUUGCUGAGAUUUGUGCACUUAUCGCAGAGGGUAAACCAAUACCUGGUAUAAAGGACAUUCCUGAUACCAUUCUGGAAGGUCAAGGAACCCAAGCACAAGCCCCUCGACGCAAGAAGCCGUGGGAGAAAGAUGCAACUGCAGCGCCAACUCCAAGCUGGGCAGCCCGGACCUGA